AUGUACGCCAAAUUGAUGAUGGACUAUAUCCAAGAUGACCAUGACCACGAUGUUUCUGUGGUUUCUCUGUCGGUGCAGAUUUUCACCGUCCCUUCACUCGUUCGAGUUCUCAUCAAGGAACAGAACGCUUUCGAAGUCGUCAUUAAGCCUUUUAUGGAGGUUGCCGAAGACUUUCGUUCAGAGGCUGGUUACCUUACAUUUCAGCAGCUGCUUGCGCGAAGUCCGAUCAAGUUCAGAAGAUCUCUUCACGUGCUGAACGACUUCAGGUAUCUGUUGACUAGUGUUCCAUCGCCGGAAGAAUGGGAUAAUCAUUUGGAAAAUUGCAUUUUGGUUGCUCUUCGCAGUUUAUUGGACGUAGUAUGUUGUGUCCAGGGCAUGGAUCCGGUGGUGCGUCAGGUUGGCGCCCAUCAAGAAUUCACUCCCGAAUGGGAAACCGCGUUCACUAUACAAUUACGCUUGAAUCCGAUUCUGGCCCUCUUUCAACAGUGGUGUUCGACCAAUCAUUUGGUGGCGUUGCGUUGUUUUUCCAAAGCUUUAUCGACUUUGAACGACGUGCUUCAGCAGGAAUGCAAAGAGACUGAGAUUGUAGAAAUUGCCGGCCACCAGUGCGUCUGCAUAGUGCAUGACGUUUCCAGCAGGUCUGUCAGCAUUCAUAUCGCACUGCCCAGGCUGGUAGCAGGACUAUACUUGAGCAUCAUGAAGUUUUGUUUUCAUCAUCCGUCUGCCUCAUCGGAAUUCACUGACGAACUGCCGAAGUCUAAUAUGUUGGAGCUGCCUGUACGCGCGAUGGCGUUGUGUGCACAGAUUCACAACUAUUUCGCAUCAAUCUGCCGUUCAGAGAUGUUCGACAAAGAUAUUCUGAUGUUACAGAUAUGCGCAUCAAUCGAAGACGCCGACUCAUUCCUCAUUGCGGUUCUUUACAAAUUUGGCCUGAGAAACUGGGCUCGGUACGACCGCCAACGUUUUAUCGUUGGAGUAGGAAAAGUAGAGUGCAGUGAGGCGGUGCGCAAAGAAAUCAUCCAUUUGCUAUGCCGUAAGCCGAUGACGUUUAGCAAGCUCGAAAGACACUUGCCAGAAGACCCUUUCGACAAAACGGGCCUCGAAGACGUUAUUAACUCGGUGGCUAUUUUCAAACCGCCGAAGGACGGCUCUGCUGGACAGUUCGAGCUGAAACCCGAGUGCCUGAAUGAGUACAAUCCAUUUUUCUGGCAUUAUUCGAAAUCAGAGAUGUCUGAAGCCGAAGAUUACCAGCGAAGAUUGCGCGCCCACAGUUCAAUUGAAAUCAAAGCCUGUCCGCCCCCUGUUUUGCCUGAGUUCUGCAAAUCGUUUGCGCCGAUUAUCAAAAUCUUCGAAUCUGACGUGUUUCUGUUUUGUUUCACGUCACGAGUCAAGCAGCACAAGUUCAGUAAUGACGGUGACAUCUACUCGCAGAUGAUCAGUCUCGUUGGGAAACCGAAUGUUGGUCACACGGAGGACCUGCUUCAGUGGACGAUCACGAAAUUUAUGUAUGUCCUUCGGUUACACACCGUUUCGACGGACACGAUCGAGCGACAAACUGCGCAGAGCGACGUAGCACCGUCAACCGAGGAACAGAACCGUAAAAAGAGACGUCACGAAAUCGCUUUGAAACAGCGACAGAAGGCGGUCGAGCAGAUCGAAAAAAUGCAAAAUCUGUUCAUUGAGCAAAACAAGUCCAUGCUUGACAAAUGUAAGCAUACGCUGCACAGCGAUGACGAUCACCAUGAACAGGAAAACAUGCCUUCUUCGCGCAUUUUUCCCGUCUGCGUUGGGCCGAACCGCACUUCGACAUCGCGUUUAAACGCCCCUGUAUUAAUGUGUGUCCUUUGUCAAGACGAGCAGCAAGUUACGUUCGAUUCGCGGGCCAUUGUUUAUGCGGCGUUCGUUCAGAACUCUUCGUUGUUCACUAAAGAACCUCACCGACCGUUGACUCAUCCUGACGAAUUCGACCCGUUGUACUAUCCAGCCAGUCUCUACUUCGGAGUCCAUACGAGCUCCUGUGGCCACACCAUGCAUGCGGACUGCUGGCAGCAGUUCUACGACAACCUAAUCCUCAAGGAACAGCGCAACCACUGGCGCCAUCGUCUGAGCAACCUGUUCAACAUCGAAUUAAACGAGUACCUCUGUCCGUUGUGCAAGAGGCUGUGCAACACCGUACUGCCUGCUCUCCCUUCGUUACAGUCGUUGAAUGUCACUGAGAAGUCCACAUCGCUCGUUUAUGAGCAGUUUAUAUCAGAGAUCAACGAUUGGCUUCAUACAGCUCUAGAAAAUGGGAUCCUCUUUUGGUCACAGCAGCCGAAAUCCGUCAGAGAAAUAGACGUUCCUCGUAGGGUGUUGGUUUCAACAAGCAUCGAGGACAUGCUGCGAACGUUUUCGCAGACGGUCUAUUCGCAUGGUCUGCAGGUCGAACCACACUUCACUUCUCCAAAGGUCUCCGUUAUGAAUUGGUUGACUCUGGCAUACACGAUACGGUCGAUCGACGCUGUCCUCAUCUUUGAUCGCAAGCCUCUGUUUGGUGCACUGAGCACUCGUCGGAGCUGUGAGUUGUACGGUUUGGUGCACUGCGUUGCGCUGUCUAGCUACAUUGGCGAUGCUGCGAUAUUCAAGACUCAUUUGCGGCGUCUUUUGUUGCCGUUAUUUGCCAGUCACGAAGCUGAUCCCGAACAACUGCCGAACGUUUUGAACUUGGACAUAUUUACUACUCUGGUGGAACUCUCGUACACGAUUGAUUGGAUGAAAGCCGUCGACAAAGAUUGUUCGGUAACAGCGCACGCAGGGGUCCAUGAACACCAUCUGUUGCGCUUGAUGCUGAGCGCGUAUAUGCUGCAGCUGCUGUUCACCGCAAACUCUCCGGCAGGCGAUGAAGAUGACCGUAUACAGCGAACGCAAAUCAGCUCUUCUUCGGAAAGCUUGACCGCUUUGCUUGACCUUCGCUCAUCGGUUUAUUCGUGGGCGAGCGUAACUGCUGACAGCUUGGCGCCAAUCGACCUGCUUCGCUUCGUCACUUACGGCCUGAUCAAGUUUCUACGACCGGUUUGUUUGUUUCUGCAUGCUCUUUCUUCCGUAGAUCCUCCGGAGGAACUUUGCGAAUUCAACGCUGACCAUUUGAAGCCGUUGUGUCGCUAUUUAGAUAUUCCUUCAGAUAUGGUCGAAUUAAUUCAGUUUUUGGAUACGACUUCAAUGGAAAGAUGGUGCAAAUUACCGACAACGGCAGAACUAGUGACGGGCAAGAAGAUCAUUCGGCAGCCCGUUCUGGCAAACGAUCUCAUCGUUCUGCCGCAGGAUUUCAGUACUCUGAUCAAUCAGGCUUCACAGCGCUGGUAUUCUUCUUGUUUUGUAUUUCUAUGUCUCUGUCUGACACUACCCAUAAAAGAGCCUCGAUAUCCUGCGUUGUGCCUCGUCUGCGGAGAAAUGGUAUGUUCGCGCAGUUACUGUUGCCAACGGUCGCUUAAUGAUCACAUGGUCGGCGGGUGCACUUACCACGCUAAUCACUGCUCAGGUGGAACGGGCAUCUUCCUCAGUUAUAUCUGUUUCAGCAUCCGCGAUUGCCAAAUCGUCUUGCUUUACCAGUUGUACCGGGGGUGCUUUUUACCCGCACCGUAUGUGGACGAGUACGGAGAAACGGACCAAGGCUUUAGACGGGGCAAGCCGCUGCUCCUGAGCGCCCAACUGUACCAAAAGUUGCGAUGGCUGUGGUUGAACCAUUCGGUCCCUGAGCAGAUUGUCAAUCGCAUGGAGCUGUCCGACCAAUUGCUUGCUCAGGAGUGGUUCCAUUUUUAA